GCUUGGGAUGCUACAGUGAGAGGAACAAUUAAAAAAAAAAAAAGACAUUAUAAUCACAUCCAGAUCAAACUUCCAUUUCAUCUUCCGAACCCUGAUUUUUCCUUUUUCCUUUUUUGUCGUUUUUGGAUUAUGAUUCUUGACAAGAGUCCCAGAUGUGACUGUGUGGAUGGCAUGUCGUUGUAUUUUACAUCCCAUCUUCUAUUUCCUGGCUCUGUGUUGCUCUCGCUUCCACUCGUCCACUCUCUCGCAGUCUUCUGCUUCGGGUAGCAAAAACAUGUAGGCUGUUUUUUUUUUCUUUCUUUCUUUCUUUGCUGCAAGCCUCUGUGCAUGUGGCAAACAAAACAAAACAAAAAGGUGUAUUGGAGAGCGCAGAAAAUGGACAGUGGAAAUCAAAAACCGUGCAAGUUGUAAUGUUUUCUGGGGUGCGGUGGAAGACGCAGCUAGACGGCGUUUGCUGAGUUGUUUGAGUAAUGAAUAUUGAAAGUGUGUCGGCCAGCUGAAAGGGAAAAUCUUUCAUCCGCAUUGGCUUAGACACACAUGCCAUCAGUGGGGCGAGAGCCUUUAUCUCUUCUCUGGAUUUCCAGUUAGCAGUUGUGGCACUGUAGAAAAUACUACAGUAAACAUGAACAUAUCGGAUGUAUGAAUAAUAAUAAUAAUAAUAAUAAUAAUAAUAAUAAUAAUAAUAAUAAUAAUAAUAAUAAUAAUAAUAAUAGAGGAAGGGGAGAGGAGAGGAGAGAAGACAAAAACACUUUAUUUAUUUCGGAUUCUUUAUGUGGCCAAACAUGUUCAAGUAUCGAAUCCGCAUGUUUUUUAAUGAACUGAAAGUCCUGGUGUUUAUGCGAUCCGAUUCAAGACAGUCCAGCUCAGACACAGAUAGACGGUCCAACACCACUACCACCAUGCGAGGUCUGGGGAUGGGCGGCUGCGGCUGGCCGCCUUUCGUCGACUGCCAUUCCCGGGACGACGAGGAGGAGUACUACGGCAGCGACCCGCGGCCCCGGAGCCUGGCGUUUGAGGACAAGGAGCCCAAGCUGCAAGUGGGCCUGGACGCCGUAUCCCUGGCUAGCACCGCCAGCAGUCUGCGGACCCCCCAGUGCCGGAUCUGCUUCCAAGGCCCAGAGCAGGGCGAGCUGUUGAGCCCCUGCCGCUGUGACGGCUCAGUGCGCUGCACCCAUCAGCCCUGCCUCAUCCGCUGGAUCAGCGAGAGGGGCUCCUGGAGCUGCGAGCUCUGCUACUUCAAGUACCAGGUCCUGGCCAUCAGCACCAAGAAUCCGCUGCAGUGGCAGGCCAUCUCUCUGACCGUGAUUGAGAAGGUGCAGAUAGCAGCCAUUAUUCUGGGUUCCCUGUUCCUCAUCGCCAGCAUCUCCUGGCUCAUCUGGUCCUCCCUCAGCCCCUCGGCCAAGUGGCAACGUCAGGACCUGCUCUUCCAAAUCUGCUACGGCAUGUACGGCUUCAUGGAUAUUGUGUGCAUAGGCCUAAUAAUCCACGAGGGAUCGUCAGUGUAUCGAAUCUUCAAGCGAUGGCAGGCUGUCAAUCAGCAGUGGAAAGUACUGAACUAUGAGAAAUCGAAGGACUUGGGCGACCCGGUGAGUUCAAGCAGUAAGACGGGCGCUCGCGGCUCUCGCGGUAACCCUCACGGUCUGGCCAGCAGCAGCAGCGGGCGACAGAGCAGGAGGCUAAGAACUAUUCUGAACCACCACUGUGGAUACACCAUCUUGCACAUCCUGAGCCAGUUGAGGCCCAAUGACCCGCGGAUCAGCGCUGCCGCCAACCGGGAGGUGGUGAUGAGGGUCACCACCGUAUGAGUGGCACAAGAGGAUGAGAUGCCCUCUUCUGUGUCCUGAUGUAAAUGAGAGGAGGGACUUAAUGUUAAAUACUAAAGACUAAGAAAUGGGAACCCCAUGAGGAGCUGAGUGAUGCCCGGAGCAUCAACAGACAGCACACACACAUACACACACACACACACACACACACACACGAGGAUUUCUCCUCUUGUUUCAUACAACAAAAGAAAGCCAGAUGCUCCUUUUCAAUAAUUAAAGAACUGAUGAAGAUAAACGAUGAAAAAGCAUUAAAAGACAUCAAACGUGAAAUGCGUAAACAGGCUUUACAAACCUGAUCCAAGAUGAUGAGACGUUUUUUUCCAGUUCAAUAUCAGGAUGCACAGAACAUUUUUUCCUUGUUUUUAAUCCUCUUGGUUUGAUUUGUAUUUCUUCUUCUUCUUCUUCUUCUUCUUCUUUUUUUUUUUUUUUUACUCACUUUGAUUUUGUACGGAUGUAUGAUUUUAGAGGAAAUCAUGUAACUCAAUACAUGCCAAGCAUUUCCAGACAGCUAUGUAUAAUGAUCUUAAAAAUUUCUACACGCUAAACCGAUGCUGGUAAAACAGACCGAAAACUGAAAAUAAACAAACAUGUGGGCUCCACAGAGGCAACAACAGGACAAUAAGUCAUAAUGAGUAAAAAAAAAAAGAAAAAAAAAAAGAAAAAAAAGGGGGGAAAAAAAAGGAAACAAACAAAAAAUUAAAAAAAGAAAUCAAUAAGAUUUCAGUUACACUUUUAACCUUUCUGCAAUAAAGAUACGUAUGUACAUUUCACAGGGAAUUUUGCAUGGGUAUAUAAUUUUAUUCUUGAUCACAUUACAUAAGCACAUGACAAAAUUUGCUCUAUUUCGAAUGGUGCUUGCCAAAAUAAACACUUUAAAAACAUCUGAUUUCAUCGCACCAACUUUUUGUCGGCAGAACAAAUGGCAGUGUGUUGCAGCUCUUUCAGCUAAGAUACAGUUUGUUGCUGCUGUGUGCUGAUUCAGAUUUGAUAAUAAGUUAAAGUAUUGGAUUAAAAACGAGAUCGGAUGAUCUCUUACUUCUCAGUCUCACUCAGUCUCUUAUUUACCCACCCUGUAGCAUAACGCAUGGUUUGGUCGAGUGUGUCAUUGUUUUUUCUGGUGUGGAAAUGUAGUGAUGUGUUGGAAAUAAAGCGGGACGUCUUUCAUUUAUAUAUUUUUUUUCAGUUUUUAACUUGAUUAACCCGAUUUA